AUGAAUGUUGGAAUGUUGGACACUCUACUCAGAUCAGUGUUGAAGAAUAGUUAUGUAUGGUCAUUGAUCGUAUCGUGCAUCUCUUCAAUUGGUUAUAUAAACGAACAUGCUGGCUCCAGUGGAAUCGUCCCAUCACAACAUCAGUCCCAACAACAACAACAAACACUGUCAUUGUCUUCAUCAUCAGGUGUGAUUAGACCACCUCUGUCACUGGCAAAGCGAUACGUGGAGAUACAGAAUGCAUUGUGGAUGUGCACAAACAGACACUUUUCAUUGUUAAAGUAUAAGUUGGUGCGAUGUGAGGAGAUAUACGGAUGGUCCACUCAAUGCUUUGAACAUCUAUUGAUGUAUUGCAGUGAUAUUGAAUUGGUGAUCAUGUUGCUAAACUCGUCAAAGUUUGCACAUCUGUCACAUCAUCAUCGACAACUCCUCCUGCUCGAUCACGCCGCACACAAUCCAAACGUUGGCAUCACAAAGUAUCUCCAUAAACAAGGCGCAAAGGCAACACCCAACGCUAUCGACACGGCAGCGGCCGCGGGCAACCUGGCCGUCGUAGAGUUCCUCACCAAGAACAGGAAUGACGGCGCGACCAAGGCGGCGUUGAACGCUGCGGCUGGCGCCGGCCACUUGGACAUUGUCAAGUACCUCUCGAUCAAUCGCAAGGAGGGCUGUUCAAAGAUGGCCCUGGAUGACGCAGCAAACAAUGGACAUCUGCAAGUGGUGGAAUACCUGAUCAUGUGUCGGACUGAGGGCGCCACCGCUCAGGCUAUGGACCGCGCUUCAUUGAAUGGCCACAUGGACAUCAUUCGACUGCUACAUCAAUCUCGCUUCGAGUGCACGUCUGACGCGAUGAACUGGGCCGCCACACGUGGACAUCUGGACAUUGUAACAUUCCUCCAUGACAACCGCACAGAGGGAUGCACCACCGCCGCAAUGAAUGGUGCGGCAACCUUUGGACAUCUGGACGUCGUGCAGUUCCUACACGUGAAUCGUACCGAGGGCUGUGGGACAGCGGCAAUGAAGUGUUCUGCCAGCAAGGGACAUUUGGACGUCGUGCGAUUCCUGCACGAGCACAGGACCGAGGGCUGCAACUCAAUGGCAAUGAACUAUGCCGCUGUCGAGGGACACCUGGCCGUCGUCCAAUUCCUUAACGAGAACAGGACUGAGGGUUGCACGACCGACGCGAUCGACCUCGCCUCAAAGUCAGCAAAGAACAUCGAUAUCAUCAGGUAUCUGUUGGACAAUAGAACUGAGGGCUUCACCGAUGUGGCCAUCGUCAAUGCUGCGGAGAAUGGCAAUCUGGACAUACUCCAUCUGUUGUGCACAAAGAACCAUGGACUGCUUUCAUCGGCGCGAAUCAGAGUUGAUCUCAUCGCUGGUCGAGGCUACCUGUCCGUCAUUGAGUUCCUGCAUCGCCAUCUGCCAACAUCCAACAACACGCAACCAAUAUUACAAACACAAACCUCCCAGCCAGUACUACUACCAGCAGUAUGGACCGCUAACUGCAUGGACCAGGCCUGCCAGUUUGGUCAGCUUAGUAUCGUGGAGUUCCUUCACAAAAACAGAACAGAGGGCUGCACGGAGAAGGCCAUGGAGAAGGCCGUGCUCAACGGACAUUUAGAAAUCGUUCGUUUCCUCAUUGAUAACAGGACUGAGGGCAACAAGGAGAAGGCAUUCGACAGUGCCUGUCGAUUCGGCAACAUGGACAUCAUCAAGUAUCUGCACGCAUGUGGUCAGACCUGCAGCCAACAGUCGUUUGAGCUUGCUGCAGCACGUGGCCAUCUCAAGGUCGUGCAGUACCUUUACUCAAACUAUACCCUCGAGGUGGAUCGUGCAUUGUCAAUGGCCAUCGAUCAGGAACAGUCAGAUGUCAUUGACUUUUUGUCUAGGCUGAACAAGUCUCACAACAACAGACUACAGUUGUCUUCGUCGUGGGGUGCUGGGCCUUUGUCUGGCUCCAGUGACAGCCACAGACGAUCACAGAGCAGUGGCGGUGGCGGAACACCUCUUAGCCAUUCAGGAAAGAAGCAACAGCUACAUCAACAUGAGUCGUCGUCUGGUGGAUCAUCAACUUCAUCAUCAUCUUCACCUUCGGACAAGCUCAAGAGGAGUUCUGGAAACGUUGAAGUUGAUCCAAUCCGGCCCAAGAUCAACGCGCUCUCCCAGUCACUGUCUAGCCUGUCAUCAUUCACAAGUCCCAAGAAGAGGAAGUAA